CGGAAGGGCCGGAGCUGGGCGGAGCGGAGCGGAGCGGAGCCGAUCGGAUCGCCGAGGCCAUUAGAGCAGGAAGGCCUGGAGCGGACGAGCGCGGACGGGAGCGGCCAAGAUGUGCGACUUCACCGAGGACCAGACUGCGGAGUUCAAGGAGGCCUUCCAGCUGUUCGACCGGACCGGGGACGGGAAGAUCCUCUACAGCCAGUGUGGGGACGUGAUGCGGGCCCUGGGCCAGAACCCCACCAACGCAGAGGUGCUCAAGGUCCUGGGUAACCCCAAGAGUGACGAGAUGAACGUGAAGGUGUUGGACUUCGAGCACUUCCUGCCCAUGCUGCAGACCGUGGCCAAGAACAAGGACCAGGGCACCUACGAGGACUACGUGGAAGGGCUGCGGGUGUUCGACAAGGAGGGCAACGGCACCGUCAUGGGCGCCGAGAUCCGCCAUGUCCUCAUCACGUUGGGUGAGAAGAUGACAGAGGAGGAAGUGGAAGUGCUUGUGGCCGGUCACGAGGACAGCAAUGGCUGCAUCAAUUAUGAAGCAUUUGUGAGACAUAUCCUGUCGGGGUGACGGCCCCCCCCCGGGGCGGAGCUAGUGCGGAUGGUGCUGAAUGGCUGAAGCUUCCCCCUCCCCCCUGCCCCUUCCCGCCCCCCCAUCCUGGUACAGGGCUGGCGGCUAGAUGCUUGGACUCUGGGCCUGUGUUCUGCUCCUGGGUGAGAUGCGUUCCCGAUUCCACCCCCCACCCCACCUCCCCACAGCCCAACCAGCCCCCACCACGCCUCACCUGGACACACCCCCACCCUUGACUUAUUGCUUUCGGUAAAUAAACUCCCUUUGCCCCA